CAAAAGUUUAGUGGAAUCCAAUUGGAAAUUUGAAAUGGGUAGCUUAGCCCUUAAAGAUUUAACUGAAAAACACUCAACAAAUAUGCAGAGACUCCCUCUCACCAAAGAUCUCAUUUUAUUCAAUAAGUAUUGCUACGAAAUUGCCGAACAAGCUAAAAAUGACCUACAAUCUGAUAAAAGUAAUCUGGCAGCUUUCAAACGUCUAUCGGAAGCAGUAUUGGUACUCACUAUUUCUAUUAAUCGCAAGAGAGUGGGGGAUGUUCAAUACACCAAAGUUGAUACAUAUAAUAAAGAUUUUGAAUAUAAUGACUGUUUGGAUAUUUUAACAGAGUCUGAAAAAGAAAUGACAAAAUUCUUCAAAAGAAUAGUAACUAUUGGAAAAGGAAGCCGUGCUGUUCCGCUACUUUUCCCAAAGAAAAUUCAAUAUUAUAUCGACAUUUUACUACAAGUCCGAAAAGAAACAACCAUAGUACCAAAGGAAAAUCCCUAUUUAUUCGCAUUGGCCGGAAGUCAAUCAAAAUGGAUCGAUGGACCGAGUACCUUAAGGAAGUAUGCUCAAUCAUGCGGUGCCGAAAAUCCAGAGACUCUCACAUCUUCCCGACUCAGGAAACAAAUUGCUACAGUUCUGCAAAUUUUGAAUUUGAGUGAAGUCGAAAUGGAACAAAUUGCGAAAUUUAUGGGUCAUACUAAAAAAACACAUGAAGAAUUUUAUAGGUUACCCCAAGAAUUAUUUCAAACAUCGAAAGUGGCUAAAUUACUUUUGAUGACCAUGGAAAAGGGUAUAAGUACGGAAGAGCAGGGAAAGACAAUAGAUGAAAUAGAUUUUGAAUUAGUAAAUUGGAGGGAAGACGAAAAGGUUCCAACAAAUCGUCAUGAAUCUUCACCAGAGCCUUCUCAUGAUUCUAGAGAAGAGAUUCCAGAAAAUUCAAAUGAAUCGAAAGUCAUAUUCCAUAGUAAUAUUGUGGUAAGAGAAUCCAAAAAUGAUGAAAGAAAAUCUGUUCGAGGAGCAUGGAAUAAAACUCAAAAGGAUAUAAUGCUUCAGUACUUCAAAAAACACAUAAAGAACAAAAUUCCACCAAGAAAGGGAGAGUGCUUAGAAUUCAGGGAAAAAAAUUUGGAUAAAUUUGAAAGUAAGAAUUGGGUUCAGAUUAAGACUUUCGUGUAUAAUACUUAUAGGUUGACUUGAAACAGGUAACUAUCGAAGUUUUUUUACAUCUUUUCUUUUCUAUCGCUUUCUCUUCCUAUGACUACCUUCAUCUUCCUACUGUACCUACCAUGUUUGAAACCCAAUUUAAUUCUGAAUUCCAUUUCGUAUGUCCAUUCAAGAAUGACAUCCGAGUAGGCUUUGAAAGUCCAGACUAUGGACAUAGUCCAGACGCAGCUUAACUUGGGGUAUCACCUUCCAUAGCCACCCGAGAUGUAAGUCGUACUUGAAUGGACUAUACAUUCAGUUUUAAUUAUAUAAUUCUGGAAUUAAUGAGAAUAUGUUUCGAAAAUUCAUUUCGAUUUGUUUUGAAAACUCUCACUCAUUGAUUUGUUGUGAAUAUAAUUUCAAAUUUUGUUGAAUUUUUAAUAAUUUCACUUUGAGCAUGUUUUUUCUUUGUACUACUUUCGAAUUUGGACGUGAUUGCUGUAAACAAAGUAGCAAUAUUAAUUUUUUUCUGGCAUUUUUGAUAUUUGAUCAUUCAAGUUGAGUUGAAUCGAAUAUUGUAAAAAAAUUCCAUUUCUGCAAGAUGAAUAUGUAUUUCAUUUGCCUUCUGUCAAGUUUUUC